AUGUCUCGCAAGCACCAGAACGAUAGCCGCAUCCCGGUCACAGUUCUUUCUGGCUUCCUCGGAGCCGGCAAGACGACGACACUCAACAAGCUGCUCUCGAACAAGGCCGGUGCCAAGCUGGCGGUCAUCGUCAACGACAUGUCCGAGGUCAACGUCGACGCCAUGCUCGUCAAGCAGAGCAAGGACGAGAUGAUUGAGCUCUCCAACGGGUGUAUCUGCUGCACCCUGCAUGGCGAUCUCCUCGACUCCAUCGCCGCAGUCGUCAAAGAGCGCUCCGUUGACGGCCUCGACGGCAUCGUCAUCGAGUCCACCGGCAUUUCCGAGCCGCUACCGGUGGCGCAGACGCUCUCACUCGACCCUGCCGAGCUUGGCGACGACAGCCUGACCUCGGUUGCUGAUCUGGUGUACGUCGAUACGAUGGUGACUGUGGUGGACGGGCCGGCCUUGCUGGCCCGGCUCGCCGCCGGCGAGGAUCUCAUCAGCCUGAGCAUGGCCGAGAACGACGACGACGAUCGGACUGUCGCCGACCUGCUCAUCGACCAGAUCGAGUUUGCCGACGUCAUCCUGGUCAACAAGGCUGACGUCGCCACCAAGGACGAGAUCGACACCGUCGUGGCCCUUGUCCGCCGGCUCAACAGGAAUGCGCGCGUCAUUACCACCAUCCACGGCCUCGUCGAGCCUAAGGCCAUUUUCGGCACCCGCCGAUUCAAUCUUGACGUCGCUGAGACCGCGCCUGGCUGGCUCCAGGAGCUUCUUGGUGUCCACACUCCCGAGACGGAGGAGUAUGGCAUCUCCUCCUUUGUCUAUCGCAGCAAGACGCCGUUCAGUACGCAGCGGAUGUUCGAUCUUGCAGACGCCGACGACACGCCGUUUGGGCAGACCGUCAUCCGCGCCAAGGGCUUCCUCUGCUCACUCCUGACGAGAUGGCUCUCGGCCCUGAGGCAUGGGCUGACAUGGCUGAUCCGCUUGAGGAGUGGGACGUGGCCGGAAGACCCCAUCAUGCGCAAGGAGAUCAAGAAAAACUGGGAUCCGCGCUGGGGCGAUCGCGCCACAGAGCUCGUCUGUAUCGGCGUCAACAUGGACAAGGCGGUCAUCACAGAGGCCCUCAAUGCAUGUCUGCUCACUCCUGACGAGAUGGCUCUCGGCCCUGAGGCAUGGGCUGACAUGGCUGAUCCGCUUGAGGAGUGGGACGAUGCGACCGAGGCGCAUGGCGACAAUCACCAGCACUAA